AUUUGGCGAUUGAUUCGUCGAUAUUCGAUAACGUCCAUGCCACAAGUAAUCGUGGUCGGUGCUGGAAUAGCCGGUAUAACUGCUGCUUCCGCACUACAUGCUGCAAACGUACAAGUGUGUAUUUUGGAAGCUUCCCAUCGCAUAGGCGGUAGAGUCUGUACUGUGAGUCCUGGAAUGGAAUUGGGUGCUACAUGGAUACAUGGAACCGUGAACAAUCCAAUUUAUGACUUAGCUGUAGUCCGAGGACUUGUAGAAAAAUAUCCAAGCCCCGAGGACAAAGCCGAACCAAACGAAGAGGAACUGACUAGUUGGAAACUUGCGGAGUGUCCUUUUAUUAGAGAAGGAGGAACUUUCGUCGAAACCUACGUUGUGAAAGACGCUUUAGAGAAAUUCGGCAGAUAUAGAAAUGAAAUUUUUCAUUGGCCAACUCUUCAAGUAGAUGCCAAACAAUACAAUGACUCUAUCGAAGAGUAUUUAUCAAAGAGAUGGAAACAGGACCAUUUAGAAACAGGAAUGACACCUAGUGAAGCCCAACGCUUAGUAUUUCAAUGGAGGAAGAGAUUGGAAUGUUCCAUUUCAGCCUGCUCUUCUUUAAGCGAGCUCUCAUUGGAAUAUCUCCAUGAGUACUGUGAACUUGCUGGGGAAAAUGUGGAAGUCUUAUGUGGCUUUUCUAAGAUAGUGGAAUCUCUUCUUGCAGGAUUCCCAUCAGAAAAUAUCCUUUUUGGUAGGGAAGUCACUCGUAUACGAUGGGGAGGUAGCGAUAGAAAUAAUCGGGUCUCCAUUGAAUGUAGUAAUAGUGAAGUAUUUACUGCAGAAUAUCUCAUUUGGACAGGCUCAUUGGGUGUCCUGCAAGAAAGAGAAUCUAACCUUUUUGACCCACCUCUGCCUCGUAAGAAGAAAGAUGCUAUUCAUCGUCUGGCCCUUGGUACAGUUGACAAGGUAUUUGUAGAAUUUGAUAGGCAACCUUUACAACAUCAAGGCAAACAAUGGGAUUAUGUCUCACUCUUGUGGAACGAGAGUUUGGAGCGAGAGGAACCUUCUCACUGGACCAAAAAGAUAUUUUCGUUUCGAGCAGUAAACAAUAUAUUAAGUUUCUGGCUCACGGGUGCUUCAGCCAAACAAAUGGAACAAGAGUCAGAUGACGCUAUUUUGCAACACACAAAGCUAUUGCUAUCGCGAUUCGGCUUGGUUGAAGCGGAGCCCAUCAGAGUAAUUCGAAGUAGCUGGUAUAGCAAUCCUUUAUUUCGGGGGUCGUAUUCUUUUGUUCCUGUUGGCGCUAGUGGCUCUGAUUUUGAGAUUCUAGCAGAACCAGUGAACCUGCCCGAACUGGGACUGGAAACUAGCGAUUCUCAUAGGAUUUACAAUCCUUGCUUAUUUUUUGCCGGCGAAGCGACCCAUAGAAAGUUUUAUUCAACAACACAUGGCGCAUAUCUGAGUGGCUGCAGAGAAGCCAAACGAAUUUUAGAAUUGGAAGGAAUCAAGAGCCAAACAUUAAAAACGAAUUGAAAAGCGGUGAAGAGAAUUUUGGUAGAAAUAGUUUUUCUUCAUUUGCUUUCAUUUGUUU